ACAACUCAUAAAUAAUGAUGAGAUCAUCCAUGUAACAGACUGUAUUAUACGUUUACAUUUUCUAAUAUAAGUGAUCUAACAUUUUUUCAGCUUACAAAUUACUUAUACACUGUUCAACCAGAAAACGGGUUUGGACUGGAUAUUUUCAGCUUGGAUAUACAACGAACCCGUGAUCAUGGUAUUCCACGCUACACAGAAUUUAGAAAAUAUUGUAGAUUAAAAGCCAUAAGAAGUGUACAAGAUUUAUCCCAGAUCAUGGUCGAAGGUUCAACUGAUAGACUAUUGAAGCAAUACAAACAUUGGAGAGAUAUAGAGCUAUUGGUAGGUGCAUUGUUUGAGAAACACGAAGACGACGCAAUGGUUGGCCCAACGAUGAGAUGUAUCAUUAGAGAACAGUUUAUAAGAACUAGAAUGGCAGAUCGAUAUUUUUACGAUUUACCAAAAGUAUUCAAUGAACAUCAACUGACAGAAAUCAGAAAAGUGACGCUUGCCAGAAUCUUUUGUGAUAACAGCAAUAAUGUCACAAUGAUGCAGAAAAAUGUAUUUUUGAUACCUGAAAUGGCUGAUUUGCGACCCUGUAAUUCCCAAUCAAUUCCAAAAAUCAACAUUAAUCACUGGUCAGAAAUGGUCGAUACAUUUCAAAAAUAACCUCAUACAAAACAUUGAUGUAUUUAUUUUGAAUUUUUAUUUUUUGAAAAAACAAUAUUAACAGUUAUUAAGAAUUAUUAGUUUUCAAAUUUAAUAACCAAUUAUUAACCUCUAAUCUAACUUUUUUGCAUUGUACCUAUAUUUUCAUGAUUUUAAUAUAAAUUAAGUAAGUCCAUAUUUAAUAUUUCAUAAAUUACAUUU